UCAGUACACUCUGUGACAAGUAUCAGAGCCGUUGUGUCUUAAAAAAGUAUUUUUUAAUGUGUUUUUAAUCUGUGGAAAUAAGGAAAAUGGGUGGUCGAGUGCUAGCGUGUUUUGUUUUCGCCGUUUUCGUAAUCGGGGUCAGCGCUGACGAGCAAACUUCAAAUACAACAAAUGUGCUACCAAAGGAUUCCAACAUUUGCAAACUGUGCCAUUGCAAGGACAACAAUGUCGACUGCUUCGACCAGAAUAUAUCUACUUUCUUUACAAAGCAAGAAUGGAGUGAAAUAACGGAUUUAAAACCAAAAAAUGUGGACUUGAGUGAGAAUUUGUUCGUCAACGUGACGGUCAUGGCGGAUCUAUCAAUUGAAGUGCUGAACCUUUCACGAUGCAAGAUCGAGAGGAUUGAGAACGCAGCCUUCAGGGAUCUGCAGGAGAUGAGGGUUUUGGACUUGAGUUACAACAAACUGACGACGGCGAAUCUGAGUCCUCAUGCUUUUGAGGGUCGCUACUCCGCGGAAGAGUACAAACCUUUGGCAUCCAUGAGGGUCCUAAACCUCGCCAAUAACGACCUUCACUCCCUCAGCCAGGACCUGUUCGAGCAUCUCCCAGAGCUGGAGGAGCUGGACAUCAGUGGAAACCCUCUAGCAACCUUCGACCAAGUCACCAUUAUUGCUAUCUCUAGUUUGCCCAUGUUGAAGGUGCUACGAAUGCGGUCUUGUGAACUCACGAAAAUCCCGGAGAAGUUCCUUCACACACCAAGAUACUUAGAACGUCUGGACCUGAGCGAUAACCUCCUAACAGCUGUCCCACAGGAGAUUGAAGAAACAAAGAAUUUGAUCUAUUUGAACCUUAACCAGAAUCCCAUUGUACAACUCGAAAUGGACUCGGAGGAUUACCCAGGCUUCCCUCGUCUUCGUAAGCUGCAAGAGCUCCACAUGUGCAACAUGCCGGCUUUGAAACGCGUUGGUCCAGGUUCACUUGCCGGUUUGGAACAGCUCACCAAACUGCACAUGAGCUUCAACCCAGCCCUCAGUGAUAUAGACCCUAAGGCGUUGGCAAGACCUGAUGAUAUUGGGGAGACUUAUGACUGGCCACCUAUGAAAGAGCUCUACCUUCAAUCAAACAACCUGUCCGAAGUGGACUCCCGUUUGAUCUCCCGCUGGGACCUUCUGGAGAAGGUGGAUGUGUCAGACAACCCGUUCCUCUGCGACUGUUCCACGCAAUGGAUGGUAGACCUCCUGGUUCCGAGUGUCGAGCAUGCAGGAGGGAAUGCGUCAUUGAUGGUUUGUCAAGAACCCAUUGAAAUGCGAGGCUAUACCAUGAAGCAUCUUCAUGAGAUCCACCGCACCAUGAGGUGUGUCGACAAAUACGGAAACAGGCCAGAGAAGGACGGAGCUAUACUCCUCGGCACUCUUAUUGGUGUUCUGCUAGCUGUUCCCAUCAUGUUGGGUCUGAUGCUGCUCUGGCGCCGAGGAUACUUCGCCUGCAUCGGGCUUCGGGCCCCAGAGGAUGUUUCCAGAGCCUUCUAUAAGAGAGCACCCGCAGAAGACAAUUAUUUCUAAGACAUUGUUAUUUUAUAUAAGUUAGAUAGAUACCUUUUUAAUUAUUUUUGUAAUAUUGCAACCCGAAAUUGAAACUUUAUUGUCUCAGGAAAACUUUGUUAAGAAUCUAGCGUACUUGAGAUUAUUUGAAUCCUUUUCAGACAUCCUACGGUCUAUGUAUAAUUUGGUGUCAGACUAAGUCUGAUACCAGAUGGUGACAUAAUAGCAUAUGCAUAAAAAAUACCGAAUUUAAAAAAGCCAAAA